AUGACGAGUCCUGUAAACGUGGUGGAAAUCAACGAGUCCAGGAAUAAAGCGUUGCCAAUAGAAUCGGUAACUCCGAGCUCUAGUGGUUCGUCUUCGCCGCCAUAUUUGGAGUACAGGGACUACACGAUCAAUAACUUGUGUCGCAACCAGGCUUCUUACGAAGAACCAGAACGAAUUGAUCAAAUGGUAACUUCAUUUUUAAAUAACAUCCAGAGUUUUCCCACCGAUCAACUGAGUGCCAACUACGAGUGGAGUUUAACCUCCUCCUCUGCGCAGAUUUCCCAUUGCUAUCAAGAGCCGACCCAUAAACCUUUCCUUCCGUUUAACAAGACCUACGACGUUCUCCCGUCGUACGAAGAGGCCGGAGUUAACUCCGAUGUUGUCUCCAACAAUUACGAUGCGGUUAGCAACGUUUCGCCGCUGCAGAGCAAGGCAAAUCAGCCUAUCUCGAAGCGGGCCCGAACGCAAUACACCUCACAUCAGCUCAUCGAACUGGAGAAAGAGUUCAGCAGCGGCAAAUACCUGUGCAGGCCGAAGCGGAUACAUUUGGCGAACCAGCUGAAGCUGACGGAAAAACAGAUCAAGGUGUGGUUCCAAAACAGGAGGAUGAAAUUCAAGAAAGAAAACAAGGUGAAGAACAUUGCUGCUUAUCGGGAAACCUCCAACGCGUCAUCUCCCGGCGACUCACCGUCGAACCACGGGACCCAAAAGGCUUAUCACUCUUCCGACUCGGACAUCGUCAACAGGCUGAUAAGUCACUCGGCAGUGAUUCAAAACGCUUACAAUUAUUCUCCCCCUCUGUCGGUACCGGCUACGUAUCAGACCGGCCAGUGGACCGGUCCGGUUUGUCAUCAGUCCGGUUUCAACUUGCAAAUAACAGAAAACAGUUUUCCCGAAUACGCCCCGGCCUACAAUUACCAGAAUUACUCUGUAUCCGGUUACGAAUGCAAUUUGGGGUCGGCAGUAUUUCAAAACCAAAAGUCCUUCUCGCCGGUUUCCGUCAAAAGGGAGGAGCUGCAACAGUUUGUGGUAGAUAGCGAAAAAGAGAGCGAAAAUCGGUACGGCACUGAUUCGUGGGGUACCGGUCAGCUGGUCGGGACAGGGGCGGCGCAAGCGGCGUGCGCGAAAAGCUUGACGCAACUUUGA